AUGACCACCGCGGCCUCUCCGGCGGCGAGCUCUGAUUAUUCCUACUCGCCUCGCGCGGCGGCCCCAUCCCGGUCAUCCCCUACCGCUGCUGCUGCUGCUGCUGCCGCCCCAACGCCCAGCCACAAUUCCCACCACCAGCACAACCACAACCACCACCAGCGCCGUCAACGUCGCACGUCGUCCUCGGGCCGCCCCAUCCAGGAUAUCCUCCCCCACAAUGACUACGAGACCUCGCACUUAGCAGCAUCCUACUCCAAGCGCAGCUCCAGCCGGGACCGCGACCGCGACCAUCCACCGCCCCCGUCCAGGGGCGCCGACGACGACGACUCGUCGUCCUCCCAUCCGCCCCAUCGCCGGAGCAGCGGGCGAUCCAGCCACCGCCACCGUCGCCCCCAGCCCGACAUGCCGCCAUCCGCCUUGCCUAGCAAUGGCAGCCCCUCCGCCUCUUCCCACGCCGCCGCCGCCGCCUCCCAUGGCCACUCGGAGUCGUCUCAACAGCAGCAACAGUCCAGGCAGACGCGCUCGCGCACAACCAUCCCCACCCAGUCCGGCAAAUGGAUCUUGGGCAAGACCAUCGGCGCCGGGAGCAUGGGCAAGGUUAAGCUGGCCCGUAAGGAAGAUGGCAGCGAACAGGUCGCGUGCAAGAUUGUCCCCCGCGGAUCAACCGACGAUGGCCACCAAAGCCGCGCCGACAAGGAGCGAGCAGACCAGUCCAAGGAAAUUCGAACCGCCCGCGAAGCCGCCAUCGUCACCCUUCUCCACCACCCGCACAUCUGCGGCAUGCGAGACGUGGUGCGCACCAACUAUCACUGGUACAUGCUUUUUGAGUACGUCAAUGGCGGCCAGAUGCUUGACUACAUCAUCUCCCACGGCAAGCUCAAGGAGAAGCAAGCUCGCAAGUUUAGCCGCCAGAUCGCAAGCGCCCUGGACUACUGUCAUCGCAACAGCAUUGUCCACCGCGACCUGAAGAUCGAGAACAUCCUCAUUAGCAAGACGGGCGACAUCAAGAUCAUUGACUUUGGGCUGAGCAAUCUCUUUGCCCCUCGCGGGUAUCUCAAGACCUUUUGCGGCAGCCUCUACUUUGCCGCACCAGAGCUCUUGCAGGCCAGGGCCUACACGGGACCCGAGGUGGAUGUUUGGAGCUUCGGCAUCGUCCUCUAUGUCCUCGUCUGUGGAAAGGUGCCCUUUGACGAUCAGAGCAUGCCGGCUCUUCACGCAAAGAUUAAGAAAGGACUCGUCGACUAUCCCAGCUGGCUGUCUGGCGAGUGCAAACAUCUCAUGUCCAGAAUGCUGGUUACCGAUCCCAAGCAGCGCGCCACUAUGCACGAGGUCAUGGGCCACCCUUGGAUGACCAAGGGCUUCAACAGCCCACCCGACAACUACCUCCCCGCCCGGGAGCCUUUGUCGCAGCCGCUGGACCCAGAAGUCAUCCACGCGAUGCAGGGCUUCAACUUUGGCUCUCCCGAGAACAUCAAGGCCCAGCUCACCAAGAUUAUCGAUUCCGAAGAGUACCAGCAAGCCGUCAAGACUUACCAGCGCGAGAAGGAGGUGGUGCAGCCCAGCCGAGACGCAGAGAAGCGACGCGGAUUCGGGUUCGACUUUUACAAGCGAAGAAGCUCUGGCAACAGCCGAGACACGCUGACGGCUCCGAGCUCCGAAGCAUUGCAACUUGGUUCCGAUCCGCUGUAUGCUUUCAGCCCCCUGUUAUCCAUCUACUACCUAGUCAAGGAGAAGCAGGACCGCGAGGAGAAGGAGAAGGAGAAGGAGAAAGAAAGGGACCGUGAGCAACGAGAAAAGGCGGCUGCCGAUGUCACGCCGCCUGCAAUUGCGCCUCCGCAGGCAGCUCAUACCAACUCGUCGGCAUACGAAAUGCCGGGUGAGAGGCCCACGGGUGGGCGAACCAGACCACGGGCUCGCACUCAUGGCGAGGAUGACGCGCCAGAAGCGCCGCAACUGCCACCGCAGCCGCCCGAGCCCAAGACAAGCCAUCUCCAGAAGAAAGAAGGCACCGCUGCGGGGCUGCUCCGCCGGUUCAGCACUCGCAAGCGCCGAGAUCCGGAGCGCAUGGACAAGGAGCACCGCUCCCAUCCGCCCGUGGUACAGGUUCACUCCCCUGCCGAGGCCCCCCCACCCAUCACUCCCAAGAAGAGCUUCAGCAUCCGUCGUGGCCGGCAGAACCGGGACGACCCCCACCCCCACCCCCACCCGGUGUCGGGACUCCGCUCGGGAGGAAGUCAGCCGCAGCACAGCGAGCUCCUCAGCCCACCCAUCUCCGCAGGCGGCUCCAAAGAUUCCCGGAGGUCGGGCCUCGGCCGAUCGACGAGCGUCAACUCUGCCGACAUUCGGCGGCAGCGGGGGUCUGACGGCGCCGCCAAGGACCCGCCGGUAACGAGCGGCUCCGAUCAGUCGAUCGCAAACGAGAAUCAGGGACAGGCGCCGCAGAGGGGCCACGGCCACUCCAAAUCAGUCAGCAUGAGGGCCAAGUCGCUGGGCCACGCCCGGCGAGAGAGCAUCCAGCGCCGCCGGCGCAGGAGAGAGGGGGCUCAAGAGGCCGACGUCCCUGAAGAGACGGACCUGGAGCAGGAGCAGAGCGGAGUCUCGACGGACAGGCUGGACAGUUCAGAUCUAGCCAAGCCCGUGUUCCUCAAGGGCCUAUUCAGCGUAUCGACGACAUCGGGCAAGUCAGUGCCCGCGAUCCGAGCCGACAUCAGGCGAGUGCUCCGGCGGCUCGACGUAGACUUUACCGAGAUCAAGGGAGGCUUCAGCUGCAGCCACGCGCCCAGCAUCGACCUCAAUAGGGUGCAGGACCCUCCCGGCAGCCCAGCGCAAACGCCCGGCCACCGGCGUCGCUUUAGCCUCGGCGGGCUCAUGCGAGGAGAUGACCGGGACCGCGAGGAGAUUCGGGACAUGGAUCGGGAGCGACCACCCACGACGCCUCGCACACCCGGCCGACCGGACCGAGAUCGCCCGGACAGGGAGCGGAGCUUCUCCAAUUCGGAGGCGUCGGUGGACAGCAUCCCGAGACGGACUGGAGUCUCGCGACGGGUGCCCGGGGAGACGAGCACGCAGGUGCAGAGCGAUUUGGGGGGCAGCUUGGUCAUGGAGUUUGAGAUUUUCAUCGUCAAGGUGCCCCUCCUGUCGCUGCACGGCAUUCAGUUCAAGCGCUUGACAGGCAACACGUGGCAAUACAAGAACAUGGCGGACCAGAUCCUCAGAGAGCUUCGGUUAUAG